ACCACACCACCCGACGUCGUAACUGCCCAGUCUUCCAACACCGGUGUUCAAACCGCGAAUUUGAAGAUGCUGAACCUACUGUGCCGAAUCGCUACUUUCUGUAUAAAAGAGUUUGCAGCUAUCUCGUUACAAGCCACUGUAGGACGUACUAGUUCAAGUUUACUGACCUGGAUUACUUGGAUGGUUAGCACGCGUUAUGCGGGAGGACCCAAUCCCUCCGGAUCGGGACUCUCUGCGGAACUUGUGAAACACUUGGAGACUUCCAUGUAUCUGUCAACAGAUGUUUUACUUGCACAUAUGUCUACAGUACCGCCACCUACGAAGCAGAGAGAAACCGAAUGUUCUUCUGCCGCCCUAUGGUUGCGUAGUGCAACUAUUCAGCCAACCGUUCGAUUACGGGUCUAUGCCGGAAUCUUAUUAAACCUUCCCAAGAACCCCCAUUUCUACAGUCGUUGGGUUGGCGAGGAGUUCAAUAUUUAUUCAGAAUUUUUCACCACCUGCGCUCAGAUCAAUACCGAAAUCCCAAUAAAUGACGAAUCGAAUGCUGACACUGUUGGGGAUUCCUUAACAGCCCUGGCGACUGAAUUCUACACAUCUCUAUUGAAGCAAGUGUGUGCAUCCAUUUGCGCCUUACCAGCCGGUUGCUACCACUAUCUUGAACAGGCACUGUUGCGGGGUUUACUUGUCAACCAUCCGUGGACCAAUUUAUUUGUUGCGGACGUUUGGUGCUUCUUAGCCCGGUACGGACCCGGGGAGCUCUGCUGGCACUAUGUCAAUCUGUUCGCUUCAGCGAUACAACAAAUGGCUGUGCGUAGCAGUUCGGACGCGGGGACAUUGUCGGAACGAGUGGCUAUGCGGUUGGAUCGAUUGGGUCGGGUUUUGGCACGGUUUCUGGUUUUCUUGACACCGAAACAGCAGAGUCAGUUUUUUGAGAGGUAUCCUCUCAGAGAGGCUGCGCUGCCUAACUUAUUGGAUCCAGCUACCGAACAUCAGGCUCCAUUGAUAUGGCGUUUUGUGCCGUUGACCUUGUCACGUUUGCAGAAGCCGGCACAGACAAUGCUGGAAGAACAGCUAGACCAAAGGUUGAUUGGUUUGGUGAGAACAGUUGAAAGGCAUUCUUUGAAAAAGGACUGGGAUAUUGAGUUGACAGUAGAGACUAUGAAAACCAUUGCAUCGGCUUUUGCGUGUGUUUCACCUGAUUCGGCCUCACCGGUUUGCCGACCUCUACUCGCCAAUCUUAAACAGGUCCUUUCACAAGUAUCUUGUGAACACCCGAUGGACGUGGAAGACGAAGGUGUUUUGAGGUGUAUUCGGCAAGUAGACGACGCUCUCAAUCAGCUGGAAUGUAAAUGGAAAUCAGAUUGUUCUCAUUCGUCGGUUAAUAUGGAUGCCGUUCGCAAACUGAAUCACAGAUUUCAUACGUUUUUACGCAACUUAGAUGUAACCAGUCAACUCUGACCAUUUUUCCCUCUU